UGAAAUCAACAAGUAUGGCGGCCCAAACGUUUCAGCAGGAGUAUAUGCAGAUGCCCCCAAUAACAAGGGCGUAUACAACUGCAUGUGUUCUAACAACUAUUGCCGUGCAACUUGAUAUCAUCACACCAUUCCAGAUAUACUUCAAUCCAGACCUUAUAUUUAGGAGUUAUCAGUUAUGGCGCCUGAUCACCAACUUCUUAUACUUUGGUCCGAUUGGGUUCAACUUCCUGUUCAACAUGAUAUUUGCAUAUCGGUAUUGUCGGAUGUUGGAAGAGGGAUCGUUCAGAGGCCGGACGGCUGACUUCUUCUUCAUGUUUCUCUUUGGAGGACUUUUAAUGACUAUCAUUGCAUUGUUUGUAAAUCUUGUGUUCCUGGGAAGUGCUUUCACAAUAAUGCUGGUGUAUGUGUGGAGCCGAAGAAACCCUUACAUAAGAAUGAACUUUUUUGGUCUCAUGAACUUUCAAGCACCAUAUUUACCAUGGGUGCUUCUUGGUUUCUCUUUGUUGCUAGGCAACUCAAUAAUUGUUGAUCUUAUGGGUAUAGCUAUAGGCCAUGUCUACUACUUCCUAGAGGAUGUGUUUCCACAGCAACAAGGGGGAUUUAAGUUGCUUAAAACACCAAGUAUCUUAAAAUAUCUAUUCGAUGCAGCCCCUGAAGAUCCCAAUUACAACCCUUUACCUGAAGAUCGCCCUGGUGGCUUUGAAUGGGGUCAAGGUCAAAGGGUGGGGGCUCAGGAGCAGGGUCAAGGUCAAGAGGGAGAUGGAAACUGAGAAGCCAUGGAUCUUCCAUAACUAUGACAAACGUUAUUCCAACUCCGAGUCUCAAGAGAGAGCCAUAUUAAGAUGUUCAGUCCACAUAAUAUGGUUUUUUGUUUAGCCAAACAUCGAGCAGCAUCUACCUGAACCAAAAGAGGCCGAGUUGUUUAGCUCAAUGUUUUUCAGCGAGUGCAAUCCGUGAGAUUUAUAACUUACAGGGUUGGUGUGCCACAGGGAUGGCUUCUGGACCCUUCAUCAUUAUCAUGGUUUACAUUUUUCAAGAUCCGGAC